UAUCAUUAUCACUAGCAUCCAGAUUUUAACUCUUUUAAGAUCCAAGGGCUAGAAGGCACCCAAUAAAAAAAGAUGGGAAAAUUCUAUAUCUCCCACUUAAAAGAGGUGUAAACCAUUACAAUUUGGUCAAAUUUGCAAAAAAAACAGCCUCAAAAACAAUGUUGAUACUCUCAUCACCAGUAUCAACCUCUCUACCAUCUAAACAACAAUAUGGUUAUCAUCCCAAAAUCACUAAAACAAAACCAAAGUUCAUAGUAAGCAUGGCAAAGGAGAGUACAGACAGCAGCAACAAUGCCAUAGAGAUAGGCGCAAUAGCUGCCGGAUUAGUGUCGAACCCGGUAAUCGGUUGGUCUCUUUACACCCUCAAAACGACCGGGUGCGGCCUGCCGCCAGGCCCGGGCGGCUCAUUAGGCGCGCUAGAAGGAGUGAGUUACUUGGUAGUCGUGGGGAUUAUAGGCUGGUCAUUAUACACCAAGGCUAAAACUGGCUCUGGUCUGCCUAAUGGACCAUUUGGAUUGUUGGGUGGUGUUGAAGGAUUAUCAUAUUUAUCAUUUGUUGCCAUUUUAGUAGUGUUUGGUUUGCAAUUCUUGGAUAAUGGUUACAUUCCUGGACCUCUGCCUGCUGAUCAAUGUUUUGGGUGAUGAAUGAUGACUUCUGAAGAUAAGAACGAUUUGUAGAUGAUGAUUGAUUGCUGAAUUAUUGUAAUGUUACAGUGUUGUUGAUUUUAUGUUGACUUUAUGUUGAUAUAUGUUGAUAUCAACUAAUUUUUUUUAUUUUAACAUUGGCAAACAAGAUAAUAUUGUCUGUGAAAUAAAUGUCUCCUGUAAGUUUGCGGAAUAGAUGUUUAUUUGAAAAGCAGCAGGAUGGAAUGUGGAGUGCACAUAUUUGUUUGAA